AUGCUCGUACACACUCAAAUGACACGGGAGCAGUCAGCAAAACGAGCAGGUCUCGACGUGCACAAUGCUCGACGGAAAUCCUUUGAAAAGCGUGACCCCUUCCAAACCAAUCUCUACAACGAUGGUGGCUCGCAGUACCUCGUUGAGGUAGGCGUUGGCUCGCCUGCACAGAACUUUACAGUAACGCUCGACACGGGAAGUGCCGAUCUUUGGGUUCCUUCCACCGAUUGUCCGACGAGCGAAUGUCCGUAUACCCGAUUCGAUUCAUCAAAGUCAUCCACCUUCAAUUCAUCAACCGAGGCAUUCGGCAUCACUUACGGCAUCGGCUCGGUAAAUGGCACCUAUGUUUACGAUACCGUCACUGUCGCAGGCGUUUCCGUCCAGAAUCAACAGUUUGGCCUGGCGUCGACAACAGCUGAUAUCCUCACAAACCCAACCACUCUGGGUGGAAGUGGAACUGAUACGCCUGCCAACAAUGCAACGCAGUCAAGCGACAGCCCGGUCGGUAACGGCAUCCUAGGCUUGGGCUAUCCUAAACUGACAGCAGCCACGAGUGCAGGCGAACCUGCAUACAAUCCAUUCGUGUUCAAUCUGAUGGAGCAGAACCUGAUCCAAAACCCUGUCUUUUCGGUGUACAUGAACAAUGCCGACCAAGAAGGCUGGGUGGGUGAAGUCAUCUUUGGCGGUACCGACGACUCUAAAUACACAGGCCAGAUCACCUACUUGCCUGUAGCGCAGUUGGCCACGUCAAACAAUCCACUAGACUCGCUUUUAGGCAGCUCCAGCGACGCAUAUUAUUACUGGAUGGUGUAUGGCCAGGGCAUCGGCAUCGGCAACUCACAAUCGUCCCAAGUCAGCAACAUGACUUUCGGCUCAUCCGCAGUGCCAUUCAUCAUUGAUACGGGCACUACGCUGACGUAUUUCCCAGACAACGUGGCCGCCCAAGUCGCAGCAGGAUUGGUUGGCGAAGGCAAUUACAAGCUGGACCAACAAUCGCAAAUAUUUUUGGCCCCGUGCAGCGCUGCAGAUUCGGGAGCUACACUGCAAUUGCAAAUGUCGACGUCCAAUGAAAAAAGCAACGAUCCAGUCGUUUUAUCUGUUCCUGUCUCAGAGCUUUUGAUCCCUCUCGACGCACUGACCGUCGAGACCGCUACAGCCUGUAUGCUGGGCAUUGCUCCAGUCGGCAGCAGCAGCUCGUCCAUGUUCCUGAUUGGUGACUCGGUGCUCCGCAGCGCCUAUUUGGUGUUUGACAUGAAGGAGAACAGAAUCGGCUUUGCAGCGGCAAAUAAUGUUGCGGGUAGUGUCAACGGCGUGGGGGACAGCAGUAUUAGCAACAGCAGCCGCUUCUAUGCGCGGUCUUAUCAUUCCAUUGGCUUCGGACUCAUUUAA